AAGACCCACUGCGACCUCCAGCUGCCGGCCUGGGAGGGGACCCAGCGGGACAGGCGAGGAGGCAGGCAGACAAACAGACAGACGGCAGGGCCAGACGCAGGACGAAAAGAAGCGACAGGGAGCUCAAGAACCCACAGAUCCAGCCCCAGGCUAAAGGGGGCGCCCGUGAGCAUCCUCCCUCCAACGCGCCGCCUCCACCCCCUGCUCGCUUCCCCGGCUUGGGCACGCGGGGUGGCUGGGGAGGGUCCCGGACGCCCUUCCCAUCUGCACCCAUGGAUGGGGUCGAGCCAGGGGCGCGGGCCACCUUCGGAGCCUGGGACUACGCGGUCUUCGCGCUCAUGCUCCUGGUGUCCACCGGCAUCGGAUUGUGGGUCGGGCUGGCCCGGGGCGGGCAGCGCAGCGCGGAGGAUUUCUUCACCGGGGGCCGGCGCUUGGGGGCGCUGCCGGUCGGGCUCUCGCUGGCCGCCAGCUUCAUGUCGGCGGGGCCGGGGCUCAGGUCGGCGGUGCAGGUGCUCGGGGUGCCGGCCGAGGCCUACCGCUAUGGCCUGAAAUUCCUCUGGAUGUGCCUGGGACAGCUCCUCAACUCCUUGCUCACCGCCAUCCUCUUCCUGCCGGUCUUCUACCGCCUGGGUCUCACCAGCACCUACCAGUAUCUGGAGCUGCGCUUCAGCCGCGCCGUGCGACUCUGCGGGACGCUGCAGUACCUGGUGGCCACGAUGUUGUACACUGGCAUCGUGAUCUACGCCCCAGCGCUCAUCCUGAACCAAGUGACCGGGCUGGACAUCUGGGCAUCGCUCCUGUCCACCGGAAUUAUCUGCACCUUCUACACGACUGUAGGUGGCAUGAAGGCUGUGGUCUGGACCGAUGUGUUCCAGGUCGUGGUGAUGCUGAGCGGGUUCUGGGUCGUCCUGGCCCGCGGCACCACGCUGGUGGGUGGGCCCCAGCAAGUGCUCGAGCUGGCUCGGAACCACUCUCGGAUCAACCUGAUGGACUUUGAUCCCGAUCCUCGGAGUCGGUACACAUUUUGGACUUUCGUGGUGGGCGGCACGCUGGUGUGGCUUUCGAUGUAUGGUGUGAACCAGGCACAGGUGCAGCGCUACGUGGCCUGUAGCACAGAGAAGCAGGCCAAGCUAGCCAUCCUCAUCAACCAGCUGGGCUUGUUCCUGAUCGUGUCCAGCGCGGCCAGCUGUGGCAUCGUCAUGUUCGUGUUCUACAAUGGCUGCGACCCUCUCCUCACAGGUCGCAUCUCCGCCCCAGACCAGUACAUGCCCCUGCUGGUCCUGGACAUCUUCGACGACCUGCCUGGAGUCCCCGGUCUCUUCCUGGCCUGUGCUUACAGCGGUACCCUCAGCACGGCGUCCACCAGCAUCAACGCCAUGGCCGCGGUCACGGUGGAAGACCUCAUCAAACCCCGGCUGCAGAACCUGGCACCCCGGAAACUCGUCAUUAUCUCCAAGGGACUCUCUCUGAUCUACGGCACGGCCUGUCUCACCGUAGCAGCUCUGUCCUCUCUGCUGGGGGGCGGUGUCCUCCAGGGCUCCUUCACUGUCAUGGGUGUCAUCAGCGGUCCCCUCCUCGGAGCCUUCAUUCUGGGAAUGUUCCUGCCCGCCUGCAACACGCCUGGUGUCCUCUCUGGGCUGGGCGCGGGCCUGCUGCUGUCGCUGUGGGUGGCAGUGGGUGCCACGCUGUACCCGCCCAGCGCACAGUCCAUGGGGGUCCUGUCGUCGUCCGCCGCCGGCUGCGCGGCUCCCGCAGCUAAUGCCUCUGACCUCCUGGACCGGCUCCUGGCUAUCAACUCCUCCAGCAGGGCCACCAGUUCCAGGAUGGACCCCGGUCGGCCCGUCCUGGCAGACAGCUUCUAUGCCAUCUCCUACCUGUACUACGGAGCCCUGGGCACGCUGACCACGGUGCUGUGCGGCAGUUUUGUUAGCUGCCUGACAGGUAAGCGGGGCUCACGGUCUUCUCCGAGGUCAUCCCGUCCAGCCCUCUGCCUCAAGGGACACCUUGGUCCUGAAGAACUCCACUCUGGAUCCAAGAAACCUUCUGGCUUCUUGUCCACCGAGGAAGACUGUCUUCUCUUCCUGGGGCAGAAGGAGCUGGAGAAGAGUGGUCCCACUGUCCCUGGCCAUGGACCUGACGGUCGCCUGCAGGAGACAAACCUCUGAGCGCAGGACCAGCCCAGGACUGAGCAACCGGAGCUGGAACCUCAUGCUGGGCCAAUCUCAGGCUGCGGACCAAAGCCCUCGAGCUCUGAUUGGCUGGGCCACAUUAUAUGCAAAUGAGCCUGGGAACUGCCCUAUGGGAAGAAGCAAGGCCACGCCUCCAAGAGGUCCUUUUAUCAAGCCACGCCCCCUUUCCAGUCCUAUUUUCCGUCUUCAAUCUAUCACCUUUCUCUGCACCCCCAAAUUAAGAUUGCAUUUCUCUUUGUUUUUAUAGGUUUUGUCAUAGGGCAGGUGUGUUUGCUAGAGACAGAGAAAGA